UUCUUAUUCGUUCAAACUUUAACUGUUUCCUAAAUCCUAAUUCUUUAUAGUUUAUAAUUAAUAUCAAGUUUUCAGCUUGAUGAAUUUAGAAUUUUAUUUCUCAAAAAUAAUGUCUAUUAGAUUUAUUUGAAAUGUGUAACUGAUUAUAAAAUUUAAGUAAAAUUAUUAUACUUUAUAAUUAACACUAUUGAAUAUUCAGCGUACUAUGUUAUAUUUGAUAAAUCUAUAAGUCUAAAUCCAUUAACAUGCCUAUUUUAUGUUCAGCAAAUUGUGGUCAAAAUGCGGUUCUCAAAAGACCAAAAACUGGAGAUACGUUAUGUAAAGAAUGUUUUUAUUGGGCAUUUGAACUAGAGAUACAUAGUACUAUUAUUAAUAGUAAUUUAUUCAAAAAAGGUGAUGUAGUUGCAAUUGCUGCAUCUGGUGGAAAAGACUCCACUGUAUUAGCACAAGUACUUAAAACUUUAAAUGAACGCUAUUCCUAUGGAUUGAAACUGGUACUAUUGUCCAUAGAUGAAGGAAUUACAGGUUACCGAGAUGAUAGUUUGAAAACUGUACAUGAAAAUAAAGAAGAAUAUGAUAUGCCUUUAAAGGUGUUGUCUUAUGAAGAACUUUAUGGAUGGUCAAUGGACAAAAUUGUUGCUGAAAUAGGACGUAAAAACAAUUGCACAUUUUGUGGUGUUUUUAGAAGACAAGCUUUAGAUAGGGGAGCAAUGUUAUUAAAAGUUGAUUGUAUUGCCACUGGUCACAAUGCUGAUGAUAUAGCAGAGACUGUUUUAAUGAAUAUUUUACGGGGUGAUGUUGCAAGACUUCAAAGAUGUGUUAAUAUUAUAACUGUUUCUGAAGGAGCUAUUCCCCGUUGUAAACCAUUGAAAUACACAUAUGAAAAAGAAAUUGUAAUGUACGCAUAUUUCAAAAAGCUCAACUAUUUCUCAACAGAAUGUGUUUUCGCUCCAAAUGCCUACAGAGGUCAUGCAAGGACAUUUCUUAAAGACCUGGAGAGACUAAAACCAUCCUCAAUAAUGGAUAUUAUUCAUUCAGGUGAAACCAUGUGUAUAAAAGAAAACGUAAAACUGCCUGAAAGAGGAAUAUGUACUAAAUGUGGUUUUGUAUCGAGUCAAAAUAUCUGUAAAGCAUGCAUGUUAUUAGAAGGAUUAAAUAGAGGAUUACCGAAGCUUGGAAUUGUUUAAUGAAUGGAUGUGUGAUACAACUUAAAAAUAUUAUUCCGUUUGGAUUUAUGUAUGAAGAUCGACUAAUUUUAUUCAAAAAUCAUUAAGCUAGAUGAAUCACACAUAGAACACAUGUUGGUUUAUGUCUUGCUUAGUUGACAUGUUACGAUUAGGUGCAAUAGUUAUGCAAACCUUUGUUCUUAAUUGCAGUUUACUACACAUCAUAGAAUAGAUUCUAUUGAAAAAACAAGUGGCGGUGGAAAUGUUAAUAAAUU